UCGCUCCAGUAACCGGAAGUCUGCAAGCCCUGAGAAUAAGGGAUGCAAAUUAUGAUUGGACAAUGCUCCUGUCAGUCUGCGGGUGCGUGGCUAUCUUUCUCUAGCUAUUGGAGAAAAUGAGUGCCAGUCUGAGAAUUCCGUGUGUGAUUGGAGGGGCGGAUCCAGGGCUUGAUAAAGAGGGAUUAGCGUCAUUUCCCCUCAGUCAGAUAGCAAGGGCGACCCCAGCCUCUUUUACCGCCUCAGACCUGGGGCUCCUGAGCUUCAUAGCUGGCCACCAAUUGGGGCCGAGCUCGAAGGCGUUCUGGUCCAACGGCAGCCUGUAGACCCUCAUAGUGUGACCUCUGACCCCUGGUAUUGAUCUUAGGGCCAUUCCCUGGCGUGGGCUGAGGCGGCAGCCAUGGAGCUGGGCAGCUGCUUCAAGACCUACGAGGAUUUCAGGAAGUGCUUCAGCCUCUACAAAAAGGAGAACAGUUGCUCCUUCAUUCUCAGGGACCGCGUCUCCGUCCGCUGCCACAACCUCAACCACGGCACCUCCAUCCGUGAGGACAUCCUAUAUGUGCAGGUGAAAUUUGUCUGUAGUCGGAUCCAGUCAAACAGGAAGAGAACACCAGAGGCGGACAUGUGCCCCGCAUACUUGCUCCUGCAGUAUAGUGAGAAACUGGAUAGAUUAUUUAUCAGUGAACUCAACACCCAGCAUAUACAUGUUGACUCCAAAACUGCGGAUCCUGAAGGAGACACUGCCGAAUCUCAGAAGACAACGUAUCUGCAGAAAUCUGAGCCUGAGCAGCCCACAUUUAAAAAAGACUUUACCAGGGCUGAGAAGCCCCCGGCUGAACCUUCAUUUUGCUUAGGUGAGGUCCAAGCAGCCUCAAAGCCAGGGCGGGAGGGGAUCACUCCUUCUGACCUGGCCAAGGUAGCGAAAGUGAUGAAGAACUUUCUUAAGGUGGAUGAGGGUUCCAUGGCCUCCCUCAGUGUAGGCAACAGCCAGGACCUGGACCGGCUCAGCUUUCAGAGCAGCAAGAUGAGCAACCUGUUCAUCCGCUUCCCAGAGAAUCUCUUGCUGCACCGGGUGGAGAAUGCCCAGGGCCACAUCCUCUACGCGUUCCUGGUGGAGAACAAGGAGCGAGAGAGUCGAGUGGUACACUUUGCUGUGCUCAGGGCCGAGACAGCCGCGUCUGUGGCCAAGAUGCUGGGUAUCUUCACAGAGUUCAACUCAGAUUGGCCCAAGACCAAGGUCAUCUUUGUGGACCCAUCCUUCCCUCACCGAGCCAUCCUGCAGGAAAUCUUCCCUGCUGCCCGCAUUCUCCUUUCCAUCUACCACACAACCCGACUCCUAGAGAAGAAGUUGCAUCGUAGUUCGGCAAAUCCAUCCUUUAAAAGUCUCAUGAAGGAAGCCCUACGGGAGGCUGUGUUUGUCACCUCUGAUGCCAGCCUGCAGAAUCUCUGUCAGAUGUCCCAAGCCCUACUGGAUGAGGAGCUCUUCAGCUUCCUGCAGACCCACUGGUUCUCCUGUGAACUGCUGUGGUACAUGCACGUCAGGAAGGGCCUGCAUGCGUGCAACACCUACAUGGACAGCCUAGACAUCGUCGCCAGCAAGGUGUCCAGUCUCUUUAGGAAACAGCAGUCCCUGCUGGACUGCAUCCUCCGCUUUGUGGAUUACAUCGACUUCUUUAAUACCAAAGGUGUGAAAAACUUGCCCACAGCUCCUCCCAAGUCAAAGAAAGCCCGGCCAGCAAGCAUGUUACCAAAGUCCAAGAAGCCUUUUGAAAUCUGUGGAGGGAGCCUCAGCAGGCGCCCCCUGAAAGAGACAAAGCCACCCCUACAGCAGGUGCAGGUGGAGCAGCAGCCACAGGUGCAGCCCUUCCAGGGUGGCAUGCUAGACACCUUGCACCAGAGUGGCUUCGAACUGGCCUAUAAGCUGUGCUACAAUGAAUGGGAGGUGGCACAGAACUCGACCCACCUGAUGGAUAUGGCUGGCUCCUCAGUGGACAUUAAGCUGCUGGAGGACUCUCACCAGGUUAGCAAAGAUGGCUGUAGCUGCAGCUGUUCCUUUCAACAACGGUACCACCUGCCAUGCCGACACAUUUUGGCCCUGCUACACAACAGCCAGAAGCCAGUGGGUGAAACCAUGGUUUGCCGCCGGUGGCAAAAGAGGUACCAGCACCUCCUUGGGCCUAGUGGGGAGCUCCGGGACCCUGUUGUGGUCCCCAGCACAGGCCAGCCUGGGAAGCCAGGAAGGAAGGACAUGAUCCAGGACCUAAGCAGGGAACUAGCAAACCUGCUAAUGCAGAGUGAGGGGCCAGAGCUGGAGGAGCGCUUUUCCACCUUGCGCAAGAUUGUGGACAUCUGGGCUGAUCCUUACCAGCCACCUGCGCCCACUCAGCAGCCAGGGGACUUCAAGGAUGUGGGCCGCCUCCCUUUUCUCUGGGGAAAACAGGAGGAAGGGGAGGGAUUCCCUCUUGCUGGAGCCACGAUUCAUGAUUAAAGCACUUGCUGUGGCGCACUGAACCACAGACCCCUCUCCUUGGGAGUCUGAGAGCUCACAGUGGGCAGGUCAUGCUAGGGGUCAGCAUUUUAACCAAUGCCUUCCUAGGGAGGGCUAGGAAGAUUGUUACAG